CAGGGUACAGUCUUUGUUUACAGCAGAGUGAACGAGAAACUGUACGUUUAUGGAUUACCAAUAAUUUCCAAGUCACCUAAUCGAAAGCAACACGUUUCAUUCUUUUUGUGUGCUGUGUGGUGGUUUUCAAUCAUGGUGGCAAUGACGAAGAAACUGAAAACCUUCCAAAUCAUCUUUUCGGAUCCCAGCAAGACUUUCUACUGCGGCGGAGAUCAGGUUUCCGGCCGUGUGGAAGUGGAAGUCAGCGAUGUGACGCGUGUGUCCGCAGUGAAGAUCCUGGGUCUGGGCUGCGCCAAAGUGGAGUACGCUAAAGGCAAGCAGCGGUGCCGACAGGAGGCCGAGUACUUCAGAUAUCAAGCGGUACUACAGAUGCAAGACCAGCCCACAGACGCUGAUGGGUCAGUGGUGUUGAGACCUGGCAACAAAUAUGAGUACACGUUUGGAUUCGAGCUCCCUGAUCAAGGGAAACUGGUGUCAUCAUACAAGGGGAAGUUUGGCUAUGUUCAUUACUAUGUCAAAGCCCUGAUGGAGAGGCCGCAGCAGCCCGUACUGGAGUGCAAGAAGUCUUUUGAGGUGGAAGAACCAUUGGAUGUCAAUACCCCAGACCUGCUGUCUCCAGCAGGUGGCAUGAAGGAGAAGAAAGUCACCUGCAUGUUCAUCCCUGAUGGGCAAGUGUCACUCAAUGCAAAAAUUGACCGACGUGGAUUCUGCGAGGGCGAGGACAUCUGCAUCAAUGCAAAGUUUGAAAACACCUGCUCCCGCAUUGUUGUGCCCAAGGCUGCCAUCAUAGCCAAACACACCUACCAGGCCAACGGCCGCACCAAGGUCUUACGCCAGAAGCUGUCCUCAGUGCGUGGCAACCACAUCAUCUCUGGGAUGUGUGAUGCCUGGCAGGGAAAAACCAUCAGGGUGCCAAAGAUCAAACCAUCCAUGCUGGGCUGCAACAUUAUCCGUGUGGAGUACGCUCUGAUGAUUUACGUGCACAUCCCCGGUAGUGAGAAGCUGAUCUUGGAGUUGCCUUUGGUCAUUGGGACUGCUGGCCUGGGCAGCCGAACCAACAGCGUGAGCAGCCAGGACAGUUCGGCCAGCACUGCCUCCCAGAGCUGGGUGUCUCUCAGGAUGCCCUCUGACCCUCCAAGCUACUGUGACGUGACCCGUGACUGCCGCCUGGACCAGCCCCUCACACCUCUCCUUGACGACUUUGACGGCGACGACAGUCCCAUCUUCAUGAAUACUCCAGUCUUCCAAUACCCACCACCUCCAGCAUACAGUGAGGCUGAGGAGGAAUUCAAUGGCAAUGCUCGCAUGCUGCCGGUCUGCUGAAGUCCAGCAGUGGGAACUAUAGAACUGUUGUCCAGCUGUCAAGGACCAUUUAUGCACUUGAAACUAGGUAGAAGGUCUAAACUCCAGAGGAGGUUGGAUGGAGAAGUAAAGCCAGGAGUGUGGACAUGGACCCAAAUGUGGUGACCUGUUCCAGCAGCGGUUUUCACCACGCUUCAUUGCUUAUGAGUCUUCCUGCUUGUGCUCUGCAGGCCAGAAACGUUGAGGUUGAGCCACAGAUCCUGCAGUGUGCUACAUUUCUGAAUAAGCUGUCCUUUCCAGAGAUUCCCGGGGUGUCACUAUCCAUUUAUAGCCACUUUUUGACUUUGGUAUUGGGGCCAAGCACAUGUGAGGCAACCCCCUGGCCUGCUGCGACACUGUGGCUUUUUCUCAUUCCAGUCAAACCGUGUAUUUUUGCAGGACUUCACAAGAGGAAACAUCCUUACCAGUCCGGUCAUUUUGCAUUGCUGUUAAGAAUUUGUUGGGAACGCUGUUACCUUUGAGAAUUACAGCAUGUAAAUUUCUUCCUCAGAUGUCCAGUGUUUGGAAAAAAAAUGUCAUUUAUUCCUGUAUUUUGUUUGCACUUUUUGGCUGCUUUGACUUCACUACUGCCUACAAGAUUUCGCUGUUUUGUUUGAACAAUGUUUUUGUUGUGGGGAGUGAAUUCUCUGUUGAUGAAAUGCCUUAAAUAUGGUUUCCAAAUCACAACUUUAGUGAUUUGCUGUAAUUACUGCAAGUGCCAUCCAUACAACAAACCCUCUAUGGAACGCACUUUAUUCGAGGUUGAGCUGCAGUUGUCCCAGACAACAUUUCAUCGUGAGAGCUCCACUGUUACAGACUUAUUUGUCAGAAACUAUGUUUGUAAUGCAUUCUUGAUAAAAAAUUUUUUGUAUGAAACCCUAUGGGUUCCUUUUUUUAUUAAAAAAAACAUCCACUCA